GGGCUGUGGUCAGUGUGAGCAGUGUGGGGGGCUUGUGGGGGGGAGUGUGGUUUAUUUUAGGAUUCCUGCUGGAGGAGAAGUUUCAGAUUCAUGACUGACCGACUGACCGUUCACACUGCAGUGAGAUGGACGUUAAGGCCCCUCCUCCAUCGUCCCCGGUGACCCCGUUAGAAAAUGAGCCGACCCCCAGUGACCCCACAGUCGCUCCUUUACCCAAACCCGGCCAAACCUCCCCUGGGCUCCACCCCCCAGCUCCAGCCAUCCAGAAAUCCACCCCCACUUCUUCCACUUCUCCCUCCAUCAGGGCAGAUCUGGCGUCCACACUAACACCCCCAACGCUGACCUCUGACCCCUCCACCUCUCUUACCCCAACCCCAACCUCUGACCCCUCCACCCCUCCUCAUCCCACCAGUCUGGUGCCCCCUGCUGGCCCUCCGUCUUGUCGGCCGGUGCGCAGGAGUUUUGCGGCGGUGGCAAGGCAGGUGGUGCUGGAGGGCCGGAUGAGGAAAGAACAGGCCAAGGCCCAGGAGGAAGAGGAUGAACCUGAUGAAGAUCUGACAUUUGAGGAGCUGCUGGAGAAAGCGAAAGGAGGAGAUCCUAAAGCACAGAGCAAUUUGGGUAAACAUUAUCUGAAGCUGGCUCUGGAGUCGGAUGCUGAUGUUAAUAACUGCCAGGCUGUGGAGUGGCUGAUGCGGGCGGCAAAACAGGGACGCAGAGAUGCAGCUCGACUUCUGCAGCGCUGCUGGAUUCAGAAGAAAGGAAUAACUCAGGAGAAUGAAGCAGAAGUGCGCAGGCUGUCGACAGAGAGCAAGUUUGAGCAGGCAGUCCGACGGGCGGCGAUGAUGAUGUACUGGAAACUGAAUCCGGACAGGAAGCAGAAAAUGACAAUGUCUGAAAUGCUGAAGAAUGUCAGUCAGGUCAACGCUGGGCCAGGUGCUGUAAGCUGUGGAAUGCCCAACGUCCAGACACAGAAGAAGGUGCUGGAAACCAUGGUAGCCAGCGAAUCCUCUCAGUAUGUAGACGUCGAGGAGUUUGUGGAAAUGACUAAAAACUAUGCUCAGGGCAUCACCCCUCCCACCACAGGGACAAAAAACGGUUCAGUCCAAAACAACAGCCUGGAGAACCAGCCUUCAGCUUCAGCACAACUAAACCAGGAGCAGAAGGGAGUGUCCCCCAUCUCUCAUAGGCGCAUGCUAAAGACCAGUUGGGGGAUGGGGGGCACUGGGAUGAUGCUGGACACCAAACGCAGCGGUGCCAUGAAGAGAGCCGUAGACAUCAAAGCCCACUUCCUGGGUCUGCAGUACCCCCUGCACCUGAUCCUGGAGAUGAAGGAGCAUUUGGUGGACUGGGCGUCUCGCGCAGGUGUUCAGUGGCUCAGCACCAUCAUCCCCACUCAGCACGUUAACGCUCUGAUCUUCUUCUUCAUUAUCUCGAACUUGAGUGUUGACCUGUUUGCCUUCAUCAUCCCACUGCUUGUCUUCUACCUGGCCUUCAUCUCCAUGGGCAUCUGCACCCUCAGAGUGUUCCGCAGCAGUAAAGGCUGGGAGAACUUCAGUGCACUAACCGCACUGCUGACCCGCUUCGAGCCCGGGCUGGAUGUGGAGCAGGCCGAGACGCACUUUGGCUGGAAUAAUCUGGAGCAGUAUGUGUACUUCCUGGUAUCUGUGUGCUUUGUGAUCUUCAGCUUCCCCGUGGCGGAUAAGCACUGGAUCCCCUGCUCUGAGCUGUCCACGGUGGCCAUAUUCUUCACAGCUCUGAGCUAUGUGUCUCUCAGCCCGUCUGCAGCGGCGUAUGCACGCAGGGCCCUAGUCAUCGAGGUGGCUUCCUCGCUCUGCGCGCUGACCACUCGCUUGCCCUCAGAAAUGGAGGCCUUGAGGGUCUUGGGCCAAACCUUUUCUGUGGUGCCUCUGGGAGACAGCGUGGUGCUAACGCUCAGCCUGCCAUGUCUGCUCUACGUCUACCUGUUCUACCUGUUCUUCAGAAUGGCACGCAUGCGUGGCUUCAGGGGUACCUACUGCUUCCUGGUGCCAUACCUGGUGUGCUUCAUGUGGUGGGAGUUCUCUGUGGUUCUGCUGCAGAAUUCUACCCCUAUCGGCCUUAUCCGCACCUGUGUCGCCUACUUCCUGCUCCUGUUCGCCCUGCCUGUUUUGGCCCUGGGCCUGUCUGUCAUGCUGCUGAUCCAGAUGGCCAAGUGGUUCCUCGAGCUGGAGCUCACUAAGAUGCUGGUGACUCUAGCGGUUUGCGCCGUUCCCGUCAUGCUGAGACUCUGGACACGAUUCAGCCUGUCCAUCCUCACAAUUCUGCACUCCAUCACCCACCGUGGCCCAGUGAAGCUCAUCCUACUGUGCCUCACCACCGUGGUGCUACUGUGCGCCACAUACGUCUACAACACUGAGGGGAUGAAGGUGUACAACUCCACUCUCACCUGGCAGGAAUACGGGACGCUCUGUGGGCCACCGGCGUGGGCCAGACAGGGUAUGGCUCAGACUCAGCUCUUCUGCAGCCAUCUGGAAGGCCAUCGUGUCACCUGGACAGGAAAGUUUCGCCACGUCCGUGUGGCAGAGAUGGAAAACGGCGCUCAGUCGGUCAUUAACCUGCUACCAGUGUUUAUGGGAGACUGGCUGAGGUGCCUCUAUGGAGAGGUGUAUCCCAGCUGCGAGCCAAACAACACUAGUGCACCUGUGCAGAACACUAACGGACCCAUGCAGAACAUCAGUGCGCCUGUACAGAACACCAGCACUUACGUGCAGGACCCCAUAACUGUAAAUGCCUCUGUUCUCCUCCAACAGCAGGAAGAGGAACGGCUCUGCCACAUCAAAUCCGUAGCCAGAUACCAGUGCCAUGUCAAACGCUUCGAUAGUUACCGCUUUGAAGUGACCAUCGGUCGGCCGGUGGACGGGGUCACAGAAAAGGAUGACCCCACCGGUGACAUCAUCCUGUCUGCAAGCCACGAGUUUAAGCAGGUCCUCCUGAACCUGGAACCUGGCAGCAUGGUGGAAUUUAGCACAAAGCUGGAGGGGAAACUGGGGACUAAGCUGCCCGUGUUUGAACUGAAGGCCAUCCACUGCCUAGCCUGCAAAUCCUCACUGCUGCCCGAGGGACGGCAGGUCAAGAUUGAACGCAACUGGAGGAAGAGUGCUCAGGGAGCCAUGAAAUUCGCCUUUGACUUCUUCUUCUCCCCUUUCCUCUCAGCUAGGAUCAGCGUGUGAUGGACAGAGGGACAGAGAUGGAUAGAGAGAAGGAGAGAGAAGAGCAGAGUUGUUUCUAAAUGUUUGAGAUCACUAAGUGCUAUCCUAUUUGGGGUUUAUGUGACUCACACAAAAAUGCAUUGGUGGAGAAAAAAUGAUGGAGAAAUAAAUCUCCAAGAUAGGAACUGGAGACAAAACAGACCAUCAAUUGUUCACUGUGGAAUAGAUCUUCAUCACUCCAGGGUUUAAGUUCAGCAGAAGCUAACUGUCAGGAACCCUGAUGAAGGUCAUUGGGCUUGCGAUAGCUCUGCUUUCUUCAUGUAUUCAGAUUGCGUUUUAAAUUUUAUGGCCAUGGAGAUUAGCCCAUCUCAGUGCUGAAAUCACCAUUAUGUGCUAGCAUUAUUAGCAAUGUUGGCUUAUUCACAGUGGUGGGCAUCCAAAGAAAAAAGCCCCCCCAAAAAAGAGGCAAAAAGCUCCUUUAGCAUACUGACCCAAAAAGGUUGCUGCUUUUUUGAUAAAGUUCAUCUGGAUGGCUUCAUUCAGAGGAGGACUGCAAGCCCAAUAUGCAGAUUUCUUAUUUUAGGGAAUCAAGACUCGAAACAAUUGAAUGUAUUAAAAUUCAGUUGAGUUAGAGUUAAGAAUGAAAAUCAGAAGCACUUUCUUUAGUUACCUUUCUAGAAGCACUGCUGCUGCAGAGUGUAGCCACAGCAUGACCUGUUUGUGUGUUUAUAUUGCUCAUGCCCAGCUGUCUGAAGGGCAGGAUGGUCAGUAUAAAGGUGAGUUAACCCCCCCAAAGCUUUAGUUUAAAGAAAGUCUCAGUGUCAAAGGAAUAAAUGUGUUGCAUUGGCUCUCUGUAGGACUGAAUUAGAGAAAAAUGUAAAAGCUAGCUCUAAGCUGAAUUUCUGUAAUAUUUACUUACAAGUGUGAGAUGUGACUGAAGAGUUUUUGCUGUGACUGCAGAAGAGUUUUUGUUGCGUUUCAGUGAGUUUCAGUCUCAGACAGAAGUGCUCAGACAGUCUGAUGUAAACUGCAUGCUAAAAUCACCACAACUGUUGGAAUUUUACUCCUCCAGAUAUAAAGUGGAUCUGGAUUUCUUCCAUCGUUCAUUCGUCCAUAAUGAUUGUUAGCAAGCAGUUUCUACCCACCAGUAAGUCUGUCAGAGUGAGAUAUCGGCUGAGUCACUAAAUCAGGAAAUAUUCUAAUAAAAUGAAUGUCCAGAAUAAAGUUCUAUCUGCUGUUAACAUGAACACAAUAAAAUAGAUAUAUAGAG